GCGGCCACGGCCAGGGGUGCCGGCGUCGGCCGGAGCUUCCGAAGGGAGCUCAGACGCCGCUGGACGAUGACUCACUUGCAAGCCGGCCUCUCCCGGGAGACCCUGGAGAAAGCUCGCCUGGAGCUCAACGAGAACCCGGACACGCUGCACCAGGACAUCCAGGAGGUGAGGGACAUGGUCAUCACCAGGCCGGACAUCGGCUUUCUGCGCACGGAUGAUGCCUUCAUCCUGCGCUUCUUGCGGGCCAGGAAGUUUCAUCACUUCGAGGCCUUCCGCCUCCUGGCCCAGUACUUUGAGUACCGGCAGCAGAACCUGGACAUGUUCAAGAGCUUCAAGGCCACUGACCCUGGCAUCAAGCAGGCGCUGAAGGAUGGCUUCCCCGGGGGCCUGGCCAACCUGGAUCACUACGGCCGGAAGAUUCUCGUCCUCUUCGCGGCCAACUGGGAUCAGAGCAGGUACACACUGGUGGAUAUUUUGCGUGCCAUCUUACUUUCUUUGGAAGCCAUGAUCGAAGAUCCUGAACUUCAAGUGAAUGGGUUUGUUUUGAUCAUAGACUGGAGUAACUUCACCUUCAAGCAAGCCUCUAAACUUACACCAAGCAUGCUGCGAUUAGCUAUUGAAGGCCUGCAGGACAGUUUCCCAGCACGAUUUGGAGGAAUUCAUUUUGUUAAUCAACCAUGGUACAUCCAUGCUCUGUACACAGUGAUCCGGCCUUUCCUUAAGGAGAAGACUCGGAAAAGGAUAUUUUUGCACGGCAACAACCUGAACAGUCUGCACCAGCUAAUUCACCCUGAGAUCCUGCCCUCUGAGUUUGGAGGGAUGCUGCCCCCUUACGACAUGGGCACGUGGGCAAGAACCCUGCUUGACCAUGAGUAUGACGAUGACAGCGAGUACAACGUGGACUCCUACAGCCUGCCCACAAAGGAGGUGGAGAAGGAGCUCUCCCCCAAGUCCAUGAAGAGAUCCCAGUCAGUAGUGGAUCCUACAGUGCUAAAACGCAUGGAUAAAAAUGAGGAAGAAAACAUGCAACCUUUGCUUUCUCUGGACUAAGAACUUCUCUCCAUCCCCUUCAUGGAUUAGAAAUGGAAGGUACUGGUUUUCAGCAACAGGGACAGCACUGUGGAGGAACUACCAGCUGGAAACCUAUUUAUUCAUGUUAAUGUAGCAUACUAUUUAAUAAAGCAUCAGGCUUUCCAUUUGCCUGAACCACGGGUGCCCUGGGCUGGAUGGGGGGAAAAAAAGGUCAAUAACUUCUGUAAGUGCCAAGUUCUCUGUAAAUAUAAUGUAAUCUUCACGUCAAGUUUGUACAUUUUGGUAGCAAUUUAAUUUGGAAAAGAUUGGCUCAAAAGUCCAUGCCAGUGAUAUGAACUAUAACAAAAAGCAGAAAAGAUCCAAACAAUCAAAGCUAAUUAAAUGUAGCCCUGUUUCCUAUGAAGCCAUAUUUCAGCUAUCAUAGUGAUUGUUUCAUUGUUUUUCUCUGAAACUCUGUCGGUCUUGAAGCAUACUUUUAAUGGGCACAGGGAACUCAAUGAUUCUAGGAAAUUAUUGUGAUUAAUGUAUUUUCUGUCUAGUGAUUUUCAUUUCAGAAAAAAUGUGUCUUAGUGACUCUCAUGGGCCUUGCAUUUUGGAGAUAAGGAGUGGCAGAUGUGCUGCAAAACUGAACACUUGAACUCUUUUAUGUUGUCUGAUUUUCUGGAAUCUUGCGAAAUGAUGUAUUUCCCCAAUGAAGAUGUAGAAUGGUGAAAGAGAGUGGAUUCCUUUUAAACUGCUGUCUUCUCAAUGUGCCCUUUAUUCAAAACCCCAUUGUUUUCCUGUCUGAUGUAAGCUAAAAACAUUUUCCCCCAAAACACUUUGACCAAGAGAAUGAGAAUGCAUAAGUAAAUAGUGUUUUGACUGUUACUUUGAACAUAAAAUUUGCCACUUAUCGAUAAGGGGCUAAUUUCUAAUUAUUGUGCACUGGUUGAAAAAUACAUGUAUGUUUACACACACAACAUACAUAUUUUUACGAGCUCUAACGAAUCCUUACUGUGACAGGCUUAUAAAAUAAAUCAUACAUAUUCAAUGAUCUUAGAGAUGUUAUAGAUAAUUAUAUGAGAUGAUAAUUCUGGAAAACUUCCUCUGAAGUUAAUGAAAAUGAGAAAUAAUGAAACAGACUUUCAGUGUACCUAUUUAAGGGAAUUCCAAUUUAAUUUAUAAUGCAAUCUUGAAUAUGUGCCAUUUUAUUUGUAUUAUAUUUUUUCUUCAAAGGAGCAGCAUGUCCCAAUGAAGUGUAGGUGAUAUCAAGUGAUAAUGUGCAAAAUAUUGUUUUUCCCAAAUUCAAGUUAAUUUUCCUAAUGAUCCUAUAUGUACACGAUUCUUUUCAGAAAAGAUGGAAAGAGUAGAUUGUGUCCAGGAGAUAUAAUGAAUUCAGCUGAAGGCAUCUAAGAUAGCAUGUGAUACGUUAUAGCUAGAUUUGAAAACUGUAUAUUAUUUAAAAUUUUAUUUCGUGAAAUUCUAUAGCUGUAACACAUUUUAGAAAUCUUAUUUUAAAUUUCAAAGUGAAGAACAAGAUUUUUAUCACCUUUUCAGCAUAAUAAAUUUUGAGGUUGAGAAUUUCCUGUCAAAAAAAAUUUUUUUGAAAGAAAAAUGUCUCUAGGAACUCUUGGAAACCAACAGAAAGAAAGGCUUUUUAGCCAAAACCUUCACAAAUUUCAGUUAUAGUUCCACAGCCAAAAAUCUUAAAAGCAAGAUUAGUAAGCCAAUGAGCAAUGUGCCCAGGUACUGUCUGAUAUUUGUGAAAAUAUGUUAAUUCGCAUAAAUGAAAGAUAUCUGAAGAAUACCAAACGCCAGUCCACAGCAGAAGAAUAAGGACUGUCAGAUAUCCACUCUCCCAUGACCAUGACUGACGUUGGAAUGAGCUGAAGACAACAGUUCUUACUGAGAUAAGAAUCCCAACCACUGAUGUUCUUAUGUUUUUGUCUACCUGACAUACAUCUUAUAGCUCUGGGCUUUAUAUGCCAUAUACUUAUGCACUCGGCAGUAUUAUCCAUUGGAAUGUCGUGGAAACAAUGUCAGUACAGGACAGUCAACUUUCCGUUCUCAUGAGUUUCUCGCAAUAUGCUCCAUUUAUUGCCAGUUUUCAGAAUCCUGCCCGUUUUCGGAUGUCAUUCAACGUCUUCAGCUUCUUUCCCUAUCAUAAGGUUAGUGUCAAAUAUAAAAAUAACUAGAAGGGCCUAUUUUAUAUGUAUGCCUGUCUAAAUUAUAAGUAUCACACUGUCUGCUGGCCCCGCAUUUGGAAAUUGUGUUGCAUUGCCGCUUAUCUUCAAAUGAGCAAUUGAGAGUUGGCUACAUUGUAUAAAAUACUUUAAAAUGAGUGAACAAAUUACAACGAGGAUGUCUUUCAAGAUGCAGUAUCUAAUUCAGUCCGUGAAUAAGCUCAUUUUCUAGUGAUGUUUUUGAACCUGCUUAGUCAAGGGAUAUUCAUUCAGCUUUAUAAAUGUUUUCCUCAGCACCAGCUAGCUAACACAGUUUAGGAAUUUUUCCUCUCGUGUGACAAUCUGUGUUACAUAGUAUGUCUGUUGUUGUAUAACCUAGUACAUAAGCAUCCUUACAUUCUUUUAUUUUAAUUGUGUGUACACGUGCACACACACAUAGAGACACACAGCUCUUUACCCUAAUGUAUCUGUCUUGCCACUUUGCUUUGCUUUUUAACGUAUCUUGUCCCUUGCAUUACAAUUUGUGGACCUCAGAGAAUCAGUGCGUUUGAUUUGCAGCAAGCCAGUAGCCCGUUCACGCCUCAUUCUUUCUGCUCCAUCUUCUAUCUCUGAUAUCUUUUCUUCCUUUCAGUUGUUUCAGGGGCAACUGUUUCCAAAGCUGGUUUAAAAAUAUCUUCUUAUGUUGUCGGUGAUAUUUGCACACAUUGUUUACUGCUAUAGAAAGGAAGAUAUAAUCAUGAAAAUAUACUCUAAGAAAUAUGAAGAAGUGCCUCUUUAAAAAUGGAAUAAACACAGUGAUACUGGCAUAUGCAUUGUAUUUGUACUCUCUUCCAGAAAGUAAAUACAUGCAUCUGUAUUGUAAGGGUGAACUAUAGGUAUCAUUUGAAGAAUAUUUGAAGCCUUGCUUUGAGUCUGCUCAUAUUGUGUUAAGUCUCUGUUGUGUAAGUUAAAUACAGUAACUUUAAUACAUGUUAAUAACAAACCUGGCACUAUACAAAAAUAAUAUACAAGUAUUAAACAGAGUUUUGCAAGCAAGUUUUUGAAGUGGGCAUGCAUGAUUUCAUUUAUUUAGACACCAGUUUGCAUAAGUAUAGACAGAGACGUGUCUUAGGUCUUUUCAUAUAAAGUGCUUAUUUACUUCAUAGUACCAAAAAUUCAUGCAUUGAUAAGCAAGAAAUCCAGACUCUUAAGUUCUUUUAAUAUUAUUAACUAGGUCGCAUUGUUAAACUAAAGAUCUGAGGUUUCCACAGUAUUCCUGAGGGAACAGAUGCCCUUCUACAGCAUCAAGAAAAUGGAGAUUUGUUUGAGAUAUUGGGGAGUAUGUUUGUGACUCCACAAAAGAAAACCUUUAGAACCAUGGAAUGUAUCUUCAGGGACUGGCUUCCUUUGCUUCUACAAAUAACCAAAAGGUUUAUGGACUUAUCUGUGGUCCUUUAAAGAAAUUACAUUAAGAAAAGUUGCUGAGAGGCUGUACGUUCUUGUAUUAUUUUAUUUAAAGGUCUAUCUUGUCUGGUUGGUUAAUAAUAUCUCUUUUGCUUCUAUUUUUUGUGUAUAUUAAUGCUUACUUGAAAAGUUGACAUCAGCCAUGAGGACAUUUCAGAAAGAAUUUCGACACACAAAAUAAAAUGAACAGAGCUCUGGCAUGAUGUUUGAACUUUCAUAUCUAGUAUUACAAUUUUUACAUCAGUUAACUUCUAGGCACUCUUACAUUCCAUUUAGAUCUGCUGUGUAGAUACAUAGCCUAAAACAUAGCAGUGCAUUUUACACUAGUGCGUCCAUUAAAUCACACAAGAAUAGGCAGAUUAUAUACAAAUGGAAUGGAGCAAAACACGAUUGCUUACAUCUCCAGGGUGUGCAAUUAUCUUCAAUAUUGAAAAGAAUUUGUUUUCUGAUUUUUUAAAAUCUUUGUUAAAAAAACAUCUUACCAUAUGCUAUUGGAACUAUUUGGCAUGAUUUACUAAUGGACAAAUAAGUGAAACUACAAAAGAGAUUUGGCUUUGCAGCAUUAUUAUAUUACAAUCCUAAUGUUUUAGAUAAUAUAAUGUAUUUUAUGAAUUUGGGUUUUUAUUUUCAUAAAUAUCUGAAUACCCCCGCACAUGAAAAUAGUGCAGUGAAGUCUAUUAUAUACUAAAUAUAGGAAUGAAAUCUCCUGGGUUGUAAGAAAAAAUAUAAAGCAGCAAUUUUGUGGAUUAAAACAUUCAAACCGGACCUUUUCUUUUUCCAGAAGAAGAGGAAUGCAAAUGAAAUUGCUGAAGUAAAAAAGAAAAUUAGAAACAGAAUAAUUGUAGAACUUUACUACACUAAAUGCAUUCUAAUGGUAAAUAGUAAAAAUUGUUACAAUUUAGGUAUUUUGUCACUAUUUGACUUAGUUUUAAGUUUCAGUGAAAGUGUUUCUGUACUUAAUGGUAUCAACGCAUUUAUUCGGUCAAAAUUAUUUUUUUGUGCUACAUGAAAUAUGAACCUAGAUGAAAAUCAAAAUAAAUUUUAACAAUAAUUUUACAAGUGAAUCAAUCCUCAACUAUUUUGAAAAAUUGCAAUGGGCUAUUUGUUUACAUAGAACCAACAUUCAAAGUACUGUCUUGGUUCUAAUCCAGUUUGUCUAUUUCACAUUUGCUUUAAAACACAACUCAGAAAACCAAAUCAUUUUUUAUUUCAAUGCUGUCCAGGAAACAAAAACAAAAACAAAAGUCUCUAAGAGGAAAUGACACAAGUCCUUGAAGAAUACUAAAGCCAUUAUUUACUCUUUGGCUCAAAUGGCAUUACUGUUCACUCCUGCACACUUUUUACUACUGUACACUAUUUACUAUUUGACCUUUUGAGGGAAUUAUUUAUUUGGAUACAGUAUUAUAAGCAGUAUAAUAUAAUUUUUGAAUAAGUAUGCAUUUGUUUUUUACAAAAAUAUUUAUUUUGCAUAUGUUAGAUGUUGAACUUGGUGGUCUUAGAUCAGCAGCAACUGUAAAACAGAGAUGUCUAAAACCUUCUUUAAAAUUGACAACAUGUUUUGAGAGGAAUUAUGGUUAGCUCUUUCAGUUAGGAUACCUUAAAUUUUCUGAUAUUUGAUGUUUGGAGCUUAAAGUGGAAAAUAUAUAGUAAUUUGUUUCAUUAAAAUGACAUUUUCGGUAUUCUGUAACUUCUGGGCAAACCUAAAGGAUAGUUUGAACAUUUAAAAUUACAUAUAGCAGAAGAAUGAUCAGCAAAUAAAAUAAGUAGGAUUUUCAUAUUUCCACAUAAAAUUAUUGAAUUAGACAAGAGAUUAAGUUCAGACAUUUGAAUUACAAAAAGCUUUGCUUUAAAUUUAAAAAAAAAAAGCUCAGGUCAAAAUAUUAAGUAAAAUAAAAGCCUGAUCUGAGAAAGAAUGCUUACUUAACAGAUCCACUGAGUUUCUGUCAUUUUCUCUACUUGUGGACAAAAAAAAAAAAAAAAAAGAAAUCAUCUAACAAGGUAAAAAAGACUCAACUAACGUACACUUACCUGGAAUACUGUUCUGUAAACCUUAUGAAUUUAUUUGGCCCAAGCUUGGAUGAUUUUCCUGUAUAUAGCUUUUGAGGUCAUCAAGAGUCAUUAUUGCUGCUUCUUACUAACGAUAUGUCAGGAGGAACCGUUUUCAGCAGUGUCUGCAGAAGUGUUCUCAUGGGAAUGAACCCUGGACAACCACAUGAUGCAAGAAAAGCCAGGAAUACAACCUCCAUUCCUUGUUACCCAAAAGUGUAUUCCUUCUUCAGAAAGAUCAAGGAAAAGAUAUUUUUAAUUACAAACAGAAAAUUGUUUCAAAAAUCAAGGGUUUCUGAUAUUGAGAGAUAAGCACUUGACCAGGGAAGAGCCUAUGGGGAGGUGAAGGUCAAGUCUAUUGUGUUUCCUCACAGCAAUGCCAUCAUCAAAACCUGUGUCUCUGAGCAUCACUCCUUCCUCUAAAAAUAAAAAUAAGUAUUCUCUCUUCUUUCUUUUCUAGUUGGUAUUAUAAAAGUAUCCGAGAGAAACCAUAUAUACUUCGUUGGCUUUGAAGAAAAAAAAAUGCAGUGUUAUGCACAUAUAAAUAUAAUUCACUUAGUUGCAUAUUAUUUAAAUAUUUGCAUGCUGAUUUAUAAAUUAUUACCUAAAGUUUAAAAACUAUAAUUACGAGGCUUUAGUGCUAGAAAAUUGUUAAUGUUCUUUGUGUCUGGGAUUCAUGGAGAAGACAGGUACUAUCCUUUUAUCUGCAUUCAUGUGUCUAGCAUUUUUAAUUGACUGUCUAAGGGACAUGUCACAUUUAACAUUUACAAACCAGACUUCUCCACUUUAUUUAUUUUUAUUUUUUAUUUUUUUUUGACUUCUCCACUUCAGCCCUGAACGUGCUUCCCUUUUAGUCUUCUCAUCCAGUGUCAACUCCAACCUGAUGGUUAGGACCAAAAGUGUUGGAGUCAUCCUCUCUCCCUCUCACCACUGCAUCUAGCCUGCUAGCUCCUACUGUUGGCUCCUCGUCAAAAUAUUCUUAUCCUCUGACCACUUUUCCAGCCUUCAUCACCACUCCCUUGGGCCAAGCCUUCAACAUAUUUCACCUGGAAUAUUUUCAUAAUCUAAAAACGAGUCUCCUGGCUUAUACCCUUAGCUCCUAGAGUCAAUUUUCAGCACGCCAAUGAAAGUGAGUCUCUUAAAUGUAGCUCAGAUCGUUUCAUUCUUCUCAGAACUCUCUGAAAGAGUAAGACCUGAAGUCCUUGCAGUGGUAUACAUGCAUGGGUUGUUAUAAAGUCAGUAAGCACCACCAUACUGAUUUCUGAUUGGGCUGACGUUUUUGCCUGUACGAUGCAGAAGUAGUUGUUAAAAGCUUUAAUUUAUUGCUUUGGAAGUCCUCUCACCCUUGACCUUUUCUGGGAUCAUCUCUUAAGAAUCUCUCCUUAAACACUUUGCCACGCUGUUAUCCCUGCUGUUCCAAGAGCUCAUGCCUGCACCUCAGGACUUCUCCACUUCUGUUCCGUUUGCCUCUUCUCCCAGUCAUCUCCAUGGUUGAUUCCUUCUUCUCCUUCAGAUCUUUGCUCAAAUGUCUUCUUCUUGGUGAGAAUUCUCUUUCCCAGUUAUAAAUGAAAGAGCCCUGUGGGGCUUUACAUUCUCCUUUUCUGCUCUAUUUCUCCUCCAUAGCAUUUAUCGCCUAAUAUAUCAUAUAGUGUAUUUAUUUUAUUUUGCACUUUUCGCCAGUAGCAUUUGAACUCCACAAGAGCAGGGGUCUUUGUCUGUCUGUUUAUUGUUGCAUUACCAGUGCCUUGAACAAUGCAUGGAACUUAGUAGCAAAUAGAAAAAGGUUUUAUGCUCUUAAUUUGUUUCAGCAAUUCAUAUCAUAGCUAAUAGCAUGCAUUAAAGGAGAGUUUCUUAUUUUCUUAAUAAAAUCUUGUUUUUAAUCUUCAAAGGGGAAAUUCUACUCUUGCUGAUGAAAAUGGACUCAUAAACCAAAAAUUAUAUCCCCUUCUUUCUUAAUCUGGUCUCUAUCUCAGAGCCUAAAUUUUUCAUCAGUGUUUCAGGAAAUUACUCACAGGUCGUCAGGCCCUGUAUCUAUUAUAUGCAUGACUUACUCUUUGAGAGACUGCAAGAUACCUCAGAUGAAAGUCAUGUUAAGAUUAAAACCAUGGUGAAUUGUUCUUUAUUGAUUAUCCUGGUUAAUAUCAAUUUUUUAAAAAAUGCCAGGAGUUAAAAGACCAUAAUUCCUUUAAUUUAAGAAGCCAGUUUGAGAGUAUAUUCCUUGAUAGUUACUUUUACUGGAAAGAAGAGGAAGAGGAAAAGGGGGGGGAAACUGUGAUCACACCUUCUCUGCAACGAUUAUGAGAUGAAUGAGAAAGUAUUUCGGUGUUUCUAAGAUCUUUCCAUGAUUUAGAAAUCUAUAUUUUACAUCAGUUUAGUCUAUAAACUCUUCUAACAGAAGUCUUACAUCAACUGGGUUUUAUAUUCGAUAUCUUUAAAUUUUCCUAUGUUGUAAAUUUAUAGUACUGACCCAAGACGAUGGGAGUUAUUCAUGUUCAUAUAUUCUAACUUACUUUCUAACUUCUCCCUUCUCUUAUUUGAAUUUCAGGUAUCAUUUUCUGAACCUUCUAAUCACACUUGCUCUUAACAUUCUCAAUUUGUAGUGAAAAGUGUUUGUAAUCAUAAGUUCAAAUUAACACAGAAAAAUACAGAGAGGAUAGCAAAAAAAUCAUCUCAUAUCAUCUCACAACCCCCAAUAAUCCAAGUUAACAUGGGUUGAACAUUACCCCAAAUACAGCUUCAAUGAAGAGACUGAAAAGACAGAUCAGUAGUUAUGUAAAUAGAUAGGCCAUUCCGUUGAUCAAUUUAUAUGCAAGUAAACUAAUAAAGAGGCCCUAGCAUUCAUGUUCUUUUAAAAUAAAAAGUAUGAAAACAACUUUUAUUUGAAUUAAAGAGCAGAAAGGAAACUAAGAUAAAUUAAGAAAUUGUUCAACUUCUAGUAAAUAUUACUUUGUCAAACAAGUUGCUAUUUGAAAAGAUCCCCUUCAGUUUAAGAAAAAGUAUGGCAUAUUAAGAGGUGUAUUUUUUAUUUAAUAAUCUUGUUGAUUUUAGAGUAUAUGUAUUGAUCUACUGCAACGAAAGAAGUGUUACUGCUUUAGAAAAGACCUCCAACGAAAUUGUGAUUCAUAGUGAAAACAGAAAACUUCCUUGUCUUGCUUCUUAUUACAGGACACCCCAUAUUUUUAUUGGACUGACUUCUCCAAAAUUUCAGUAUUUUAGAUGUUGGUUUCUGGUAUGAUAGAUUUCUGAUUUUUAUACUUUGCAGUUUAUACUUUUAUUCUUACAAAACCUAUGUUAUUCCUGUUUCUCCAAGGCAUUGUUUUGAUUUUAUCUACAGUGUAAUGCAGUAAGUCUCCAGUUAUAUAAUCUCCUAUGAGGUCUUCUAUUAAAAAGACACUGAAAACAAAAGAUUGGUAGGUGAUAUUAAGGAAGGAACUAUAUAACUUAAAGAAUAAGGAUAGAUGUUUGAAAAUAUUUUCAGAAGUCAGUCAGUCUUUUAGUGGCUUUGUGAUGGUCAGGGGUUGUGUUUCUCUUUGUGCAUAUAAAUAUUAUAUAUGUAUUUAUGUAACUUGUCAUAAAUACAUUAUAUAAAUACAUUAAUUGACAAGUUACCUAAACAUAGUAAGUCCCCUACGUAUGAAUGAGUUCGGUUCUGAGCGUGAAUUCCUAAGUUCAAUUUGUAUUUAAGUUCAACAGUGGUAGCCUUAGAUACCCAACUGACACAAUUGGCUGUGUAACACUGUGCUAUAAUAGAUUUAUAAUACUUUUUACACAAAUAAUACAUAAAAAACAAACACAAAAAUAAAGCAUUUGUGGUAUUACAGUACAUAACCUUGAAAAGGAUACACACCCAUGACAAUGUAUGCCAGGCACAUGAAGUAACAUGUGAUUGGACAUGUGAAUGCAUGUUUGCAUCUUUGGAAGUUUGUAACUUGAAGAUUCAUAUGGAGGGGACUUACUGUAUAUGGCAAUCAGGGUUAACAUAAUUUGGAAAACUGUCUCUAAAGAACAGACUAAUAACUCUUGCUCAGGAAUAAGGCAGAAAAUUUUCUUGUGUUUCUUACUAUUUGAUCUUUGGCAGUCUGAACAAGUGGAAGCCACUUGCCUCUGUGACAUCCUUUUCUGCCAGUCUUUAAAAUUGUGUUUAGCAUCACUUCAGAAAUAAAGAAGUCAAGCUCAAAUAUACACAAUACAUGAAAGAUACUAUAGUUCAUAUUCUCUUAUAUUGAAUUGUGUUUCUUUUCAUAAUUAACUUUUAAGAGUGAGUCGGAAGAAUAUAUUCCUUGGUAAACUUUAUUAAUUAUUUCCACUUUAUAAUGGAUUUAGAAAUUUUAUAAAGCAGGUCAUUGUUUAUUGUAUUCAUAAAACCAUUAUGUCAACAUUUGAUUUUGUUUUUAAAGAGAAAUUAUUUCAUUGUCUUUGUUGAUAUAUAUGGAGAUGAAUGAAGUUCUGUUAAAUAAAAUGUCACUAAAUGAAAUUUUA